UUCGGGACUGCUAGCACACGUUGCUGGUAAUCUAAACUUCGUUACUUACAUUGUUAGUGUAAUAUUUUAUAUAAACAAAUUUAGUUAGUAUAGUUCAAGGCUUUACGUGAUCUCUUUGACAAAGGUUAUUUACCGGCACGUAAGCUGAUUUUUUAUCAUAUCUUGUCGGCUUCCUGACAAAGAACCUACUUGAAUCGAUGAAUCAAUCAAUGUAAAAUGUAUCUGUAGAUAUAGAGCAGAUAAAAUGAAGUGUCGCGUACGGCAAACAAAAAGUAAGGUGAAGCUAGAGAGAGGCGUGAAGGAAAACAAAGGAAAUCUUUCACCAGUCCUGGCACGUAAUCGCUCCAAGCGGUCUGGUCUGGAAGCUGUGAAACUUUACCUGCAAGUCAGCGGAGGCACUGGCAGAACAUCGCGUUCCGCUACGACGGUUCGAAAAACGAGUCUCCGAAUGUCAGCAAUAAAAGAAUACCCCUUCGACCUCAGUGAUUUACAAAACCAACGACAAGAGAACUCGCCACCUCCACGAUAUAAUGAAAUACCUCCUGCAAAAAACAACUUAGCAACACCGGACGGCAAGAGAAAAGUCUCCAUAAUGGCCGAUGAACACAAAAGCGGACACACAGAAAGUAGGAAUGGCCGAGUUUCAGCACAAGCAGAGGGGCCAUCGCGGCGGAAAAGCAAUUUACACAAUGCCAUGGCAGCGGAAAUGGAUACAUCAUGGGAACGGCCGACACACAUCGAGGGUAGAUACAAGAAAUACUCCACUACAUCAUCUGUUCACUCGAAGAAAGCUCAUUCACAUCACAGCGAACACGUUGAAAGGUCGUGGUGGUACGCUUGUUGUCAAAAGUGUCACAGUGACGACUCCGGCAUUCCGACGUGGGAGCCACCGCACUGGCAAAAAUUUUGCCCCUAUCCACUAUGUCCGUCAUAUCGGCACUUUGCUCAAAACCUAUCAGUAUUAAUUAUCGGUAUUUUAGUAUGGUUAAUAGUAUGGAUGGUAUUAGGAGACACUGCGGCGCCAGGCGGGCAACUUUUCAUGUUGGCAAGUCUAACCAUAGCUGCCAAUAUCGGUGGGUGGCUGAUGGUAAAACUGACAACCUUACCAGCUCUAAUUGGAAUGUUGUUUACCGGAGUGUUGUUAAAGAAUAUUGGCUUCGUUAAUUUCGAUUCAGAAUAUUUACACGUGUGCUCGUAUAUAAGAAAAAUAGCUUUAACGAUAAUUUUAACCAGAGCUGGCUUAGAUUUGGACCCAAUGGCCAUGAAGAAAUGUUUCUUUUCCGUAAUAAAAUUGGCAGUAGUACCAUGGACAUUUGAAUUUGUUUUGUGCGCUGUUAUGUCGAACCUUCUGCUUGGAUUGCCUUGGGACUGGGCAUUCCUUCUCGGAUCAGUGGUUGCUGCUGUAUCACCAGCGGUGGUCGUCCCGUGUUUAUUCCGCCUAAGAAGUAAAGGUUACGGGGUGUCCAAAGGUAUACCCACCCUUGUCCUCGCCGUGUCCGGAGUUGACGAUGCCAUCAGUGUUGCUAUAUUUGGUAUUCUGGCGUCUAUAAUGUUCUCAAGCUCCUCGGUCACAAUGAAUAUUAUACAGGGUCCGCUUAGCGUAAUCAUUGGAAUCGCCUUUGGGGUGCUCUGUGGUUACCUGAUCAAAUACAUUCCGGAACGGAACGAUGCGUUUUUGGUACCUUUGCGAGUGCUGUUAUUGCUCACUGGAGGCCUCGCUUCUAUAUUUGGCUCGGAAGAAAUUGGUUGGGGUGGUGCUGGUCCCAUGGCGGUUAUAGCAUUUUCAUACGUCGCUUGUAAGAAUUGGGUGGAACAAGGAUGGGAGCUAGACGAUAACCCAGUGGCAACAGCAAACGAGAUUUUCUGGAUGUUCUUUGAACCAAUGUUGUUCUCUAUAACUGGGGCUCAAGUUGUGAUCGCUGAUUUGCCCCCAAACUUAGUAUUAGUUAGCGUGGGUAUUCUUAUGACAUGUGUCAUUCUACGGGCCAUGGUAACAAGUGCUAGUGCGGUUUGCAGUAAUUUAAAUAUGAAGGAAAAAAUCUUCGUCGGAUUUUCAUGGAUGGCGAAAGCUACUGUACAGGCCGCCCUGGCAACUGUUCCUUUGGACUACAUCCGAAAGCUAGCAGGGAACAAUGAGCCCUCUAGCGAAUUGGUUUACUACGCUGAUACGAUUAUCACUAUCUGCAUUCUCUCUAUUAUACUCACUGCGCCUCUUGGAGCCAUCAUCAUCACGAUAACGGGACCUCGUUUAUUAUCUAAGACGUCGAAACCGCCAGUUUUGGAAGGUUGGCGUCGCUCACACAGGCCUUCGAUUCGUGACAUUUCCAUCAUCGAUGAAGAGGAGAUUGCAGAACGUGAUGCUGAAGUCAGUGGGGAACUACACCAUUCACCACCAAGCACUCCUGACCCCACAACGAAAAUUCCCACAGCGUUCAGCACACCCAAUCCCAUAACAGUUCAACCGAACCAUCGCACUUGAUAGUGGUAAAACAAUUAUUUAUAUUCCCGUCCAAUAAUCCGAAAUAUUUAUUCAUAGGUAUAAUAAUAAUAAGCAUUAUUUACAUCACGGUCACGGUUACUAAGGCAAUUUCUGCCACAGGAAUCCCAUUUUAAAAACUAAAUUAAUCUAAUUUAACCCUUUUACGUGAAGUACUCUUUCGUCUCUUUCUGUCUGAUUGUUACAGUUUUAAAGUGACAGAACAUUAAAAACGGUGCAAUUAGACUGAUUUAGUUCUUAUAUGGGGCAUGAGUUUAUUGUUUUUGGGUGAUAUGACUUGAUUUAAUUGAAUUUAUUAUAUACCUGCGUAUAUCCGUUGGAGAAGUAAAAAUGUACACUUUAGUAAUUUUUUUAAUAUGUAGGAAUAUCCCAACUUACACUAAGCUGAAGAUUUAGAGACAAGUCUUAGUCAAUUUAUUAACGAAAACAUUCAGAAAUGAGACUUGCGUCAAAUAUGUAAUAAAUUUUAACAUACGAGAUUUACUUUGACUUAGUGCAGAGCCAAACUGACACCUUACAGAAUUCUAAUUUGUAAUUUUAACGUACUAAGAAUACACUGAGUGCAUUCAAACGCAUUUAAGAACUCAAACAAAUUCUUACACCGUUUCUAUUUAUAUCACUCACGUGUCAGCUAAGUUUAAGUACGCAACUCAUCUUACUUUCGUACUCAGAGUUAUUCAUUAAAUUAUGUGCAAAGGUUUGAACAUUUAAAAAUAGACUUUUAUAAAAAUAUCCAAAAGUCCAACUAAAGUGAUAUCUAGCGGAGGAGAUCUGAAACUGCGAUAGAGUGAUCACUUCAACAUUGUUAAUUAUCUAACUCUUCUAACUUCCGUAACGCUGUCGCAAACUUGCAAUCAAAAAGUCCAUAUUGAAGUUGUUAUCGCUGUGGGUAUUGGAGUACAGAUACUUUUGUCUAAUGCCAUCCUAUUGUGGGUUUCGAGUUCGGAAAGAUCUUUUUAAACUUCUAGUUGUAUCUAGAGUAAUCUAAUUAAAAUCCGUGCAAAUGACUUAAGUAACUCUUAAUGAACGCAAGCAAUUAAUAUGAUUAACAGACGUAUGUUACAUUAAAAUAAAUAUAUGAAUGCGGCCAAAAAACGAACUACUUAAUAAUUUGAAUAAUUUAUUAAUUUAUGCAAAAAUUUUACAUUAAAAAAAAAUGGAUUAUUGAAAAAUUAUAAGUCAAAACUCGUAAAGUAAAUGAAAAAAAUGUCAGGCGCUAUUAAUGUAUUAUGUAAUACGAUUAUUGUGAAUGAUGCCAAAAUGAAAAAGUACCGAUAUUUACUAUUUUACGAGUAAAUAUUUCUUAAUUUAUUUGCAUUUUUAGAUACUUGCCCAAACUAUGACUCGCGUAUGUCAAAACCCAGGACAUUUUUGACGUACUGGAAUCAUACUUAGCGCUGUUGUUUCUGAAUCUUACCCUUAGUCUCCAACCAAAUACACCAUAAACAAAAUAUCAGUAAUCUCUUAAGAGAUUUAAAUGCUUCUCACAGUUUUGCAAAAAUCAAGUACUAUAUAAAUUGCAAUAAAAUAUUAUCUAUCAUAGAUUUUGUGGUUUAUGGUCUACCAUUUUUUUUUUGAGUUUAUGGCCUGGUAUCUAGACCUUUAGGCCAUAUGGUCUACCAUAUUGCGAAGCACACACAGAUAAAAAAACAUAAACACGUUUUCUAAAUUUAUCUAUUUUAAAUAUUCUGUCCGUCCUUACAGCAUGGUCAUAAUAAAUUAUGAUCAUGAAUACCGUUUCGUACGGUAUUUUUAUGCGUCUUAAAUACAAGGAAAUGUAAGAUUUCCAUUUUCUAUUUAAGCUUUACUAUCUUCACCUUGUUUUUAGAUAAAUGUGUGAUAAACUCACCAACGCAGCCAUUGUUGACCAACAUGAUUUUACUCCACGAGGCGCACUGCUUUCAGAAAAUAAAUUGGUUAAAAAAAAAUACUGCGCCAAUUUUAUAGCUUAGUAGACUUAUAAAAAAAAUUAUAUACCAGUCCAUGGUAACUUAACCUCUUUUUUAUCUUUAAAAUUGUUUUAUUUUUUUGUAUAAACACUACACGAUUGUACUUACCUUAAAAUGGCGUCGAUUUUAACAUUAUUUUGUUAUGGCAGAGUAUUUUUGACAAAAUAUAUUUAAUGUUAGCUGUAUUAAGUGAAAAUAUUAACCAUGUGAUAUUUUAGUAUUUUAUACAUAAGAUAAACCUCACUUUAAAGUUGUUUAAAAGUAAUUGAAGCAACUUCGUAUAGUUGAAAACAGAAUUAUAACUUAUAAUCUGAUUCCUCUAUGUAUUCGUAAUUAUUGGUUGUCGAUAUUCCAAAACUUUGAAAUUUACAUUUAAAAAUUUAUCGAAACGCAAAAUGCAGGGACAUUUUGCGUUUGUAACAAAAUAGAUUCUUAGCCUUUAUUCUAAGCCUUAAUUCCCUUGAAUGAGGGAAUUAUAUAAUAUUUAUAUUUUUAGAGUAUUUUUGUAAAGAGGAAACUAGCCUACGGGUUGGCCAUAAAAGGUAACUACCGCAGCCCAAGGCCCAUUUAGUCAAUGGUUACAUUAUCUGCCUUUGUGGGAGACUCUGUAGCUUAAAACCACUAUUGUACCUAUGCGAUUUAAUUACAAAACAUACAUUUAGUUGUACUUAUUAUAAUUAAUUUUAGAACAGUAGGUACCUUGGUAAUUGUAAAUUAUGAUAUUAGAUGUAAGCGUAUGUGCCUCAAAAAAACAUUGUAAAUAGUUUUAUUCUCCAUUGAAAAUGUCAAAAUAAAAUAAUCAUUUUGAAAUAA